ACAAGUAGCGAAGAGUAUAUCUAACGUAGUUGUUACAUAUCGCAGAGAAUUCGAUGAGAAAGCUCAAUUCGCCGAUUUACAAAACGCUCUUACAACAAUUGACAAAGCAAUGCUCGAAUACCGCGGCAAUGCGAAAUAUAAAUUGGAUGGAUUACGUCAGUUGAAUAGUGAUGCGUACUUGUUAUACCAAGAUUGUGUUGGUCCAGUCUUCCAGUGGUGCGUUUCGACUAAGACGAACCUCAAUUUCGUUAUCCCGCGUAUGAAUUCAUAUUUAAGUAAAGAAGACGAAGAUGCAAUGUGGGUGAUGACUUCCGAGCUGCUGAGCAACGGUAUCUAUAAAAUUACUGAAUCGUUGAAGCUAUUAAGGGAAGUACAAAUAAAAACUGCUGAUCUCCAGACCUCACUGGAAUCCAUGGUGGAAGACCUGCGUGAUGAUUUUGGACCAAAUGGGUAUUACGGAAGUCAGACGGACACCACGCAAAACUAUCAAAGGGCCCAAAGAGCCAUGAGUUUUGCCACAACUAUUAAUCGCAUUUUUAAUGAAGUGACAAACAUUGUUACUGGUCGAAUAGGAAAUUCAUUAGGUUUGGCUAACGAAUUUUCAAUCCAGUUGCAAGUAGUGAUACAACAAAGACGGUCAGCAUCGUAUGAAGUAGAAUUAAGGUGUAUUCAAGAGUUCUUCAAUAUUCUUAAAAAGAAAAUAAACGCAGCCAGCAGAAUUGCAACUCAAGUUUAUGUGGACCUAGAAGAGGAGAACAGAAACUUGCACAACCUACGUGGUUUUGUUAGCAAAGCAAGUCAAUAUAAUAAUCAAUUAUUUACAAGGGGACACGAAUAUUGGAGCGAUAUUAUUCCAAGCUUUAAUACAUUAAAGGAAAGUUGCGUUGCUUACACCAAUUGGCAUGGAUUUGGUUCGAGUGGUUACUCGGAAUAUCAUACCAGAUCGAGGCGCAAUACCAACGAAGUGAACCAUCUUCUUUAAAGGGGACAGGGCAGGAUAUGGUUGGCAGAGCUCAUUCUAUUGUA